ACCAUUUCUGAAGAGCGCAGGACUCGUUUUCAUUUUUCAACGAUGGCGGGUUUUAGGGUUUUGUGACGGAGCCGAUUUAGCUUAACGAUUCCGAUGGAAAUGAUAACAACAACAAGGAGAUCGAACUACACGCUUCUGAGCCAGGUCCCCGACGAUCAGUUCACGGCGACGUCGUUUUACGAGGCGGAGGGGAAGAACAAUAAUAACAACAACAACAACAAGGCCAAGGUGGACGGCAGAGGUUCUGAUUGGGAGAUGGGAGGAGGAGGAGAGUACCGGGCGGCGAAUAAUCCGCCGUCGAAUCGGAUCGGGAACGUGUUCUCGUCCGUCGGAUUGCAGCGGCAGUCGAGCGGGAGCAGCUUCGGGGAGAGCUCGCUGUCCGGCGAGUACUACGCGCCGACUCUGUCGACCACGGCGGCGAAUGAGAUUGACGGAUUCGGGUACGUGAACGACGGCGAGUUUAGAGGGAAGAUAGGGAUGGAUGGGACGGUAGUGGGGCCUACCGGAGGGUCGUCGUUCGGGAAGAGCUGGGCGCAGCAGACGGAGGAGAGUUAUCAGCUGCAGUUGGCUUUGGCUCUGCGGCUCUCGUCGGAGGCCACUUGCGCCGAUGAUCCUAAUUUCUUGGAUCCAGUGCCGGAUGAAUCUUCGUCGAGGUUGUCCAGCUCUGCCGAUGCCGUUUCGCAUCGAUUUUGGGUGAAUGGCUGUCUGUCCUACUUUGACAAAGUGCCUGAUGGGUUUUACCUUAUUCAUGGGAUAGAUUCGUAUGUAUGGUCUAUGUGCACUGAUAUGCAGGAGAGUGGUCGUAUACCAUCAAUUGAAUCGUUAAGAUCUGUUGAUCCUGGUAAUGGAUCUUCUAUAGAAGUGAUCUUAAUUGAUCGACGUAGUGAUCCCAGCUUAAAGGAACUUCAAAAUAGGGUCCUCAGCAUUUCUCAUGCUUGCAUAACCAAGACAGAGAUUGUUGAUCAGUUGGCAAAGCUUGUAUGCAGCCGUAUGGGGGGUUCAGCAUCUGUUGGAGAGGCUGAUUUUUUUCCUAUAUGGAGGGAGAGCAGUGAUGAGCUAAAAGAUUGCUUAGGAUCAGUAGUUGUUCCAAUAGGCAGCCUUUCUAUUGGCCUCUGUAGACAUCGUGCUUUAUUAUUCAAGGUGCUAGCUGACUCAAUUGAUCUACCGUGCCGAAUUGCCAAAGGCUGUAAAUAUUGCACAAGAGAUGAUGCUUCCUCUUGUCUUGUUCGUUUUGGUGUUGACAGGGAGUUGUUCGUUGACUUGAUUGGGAAUCCAGGAUGCUUAUGCGAGCCUGAUUCCUUGCUCAAUGGUCCAUCAACCAUCUCAAUUUCUUCACCGCUGCGCUUUCCAAGAAUCAGAACAGUUGAACCUACCAUUGAUUUUAGGACACUGGCCAAACAGUAUUUCUCGGACUGCCAGUUGCUUAAUCUUGUAUUCGAUGAAGCUCCGGCAGGAAGUGCUGGCAAUGAGGACAAUAAGGGUUUCUCUAUGUAUCCUAAGCAGAAGUUUACAGAUGGAAACAACCUUUUUCUGGAUUCAAGUCUCGAUGAUGACACUUCUAUGCAUGUUGACGAUCGGAGUCCCCAGUUGCUUAAAUCAUAUAAUCCUUCUCAGAACAUUGUACACCAACAAACAAUGUUAAAAGAUCAAAUCCCCCUAAAGCGUAUACCACCUAUAGGACAUAGAGACAUUUCAAGAUUGGAUACAAGUAGGGACUCGAGGUUCGGUGAGGGACUGCAAGUGGUUCCUAGUAAACCAAAUAAAGAGUUGACCUUCGAUGUGGAUGAUUUGGACAUUCCGUGGAGUGAGCUUGCACUGAAAGAGAGAAUUGGUGCAGGUUCUUUUGGAACUGUUCAUCGUGCUGAUUGGCAUGGCUCUGAUGUUGCUGUGAAGAUUCUUAUGGAGCAAGAAUUUCAUGCUGAACGCUUUAAAGAGUUCUUAAGGGAGGUUACAAUAAUGAAACGCCUGCGGCAUCCAAAUAUUGUGCUUUUUAUGGGUGCAGUUACAAAGCCCCCGAACUUGUCCAUUGUCACAGAAUAUCUAUCAAGAGGGAGCUUGUAUAGGCUGUUGCAUAAACCUGGCCCAGUGCUGGAUGAGAGGCGCCGGUUGAAUAUGGCUCACGAUGUGGCAAAGGGGAUGAAUUAUCUUCAUAGGAGGAAUCCUCCCAUUGUUCAUCGAGAUUUAAAAUCUCCAAACCUUUUGGUUGACAAAAAAUAUACUGUGAAGGUUUGUGAUUUUGGUCUUUCCCGUUUAAAGGCCAACACCUUUCUUUCAUCAAAAUCAGCUGCAGGGACUCCUGAAUGGAUGGCACCAGAAGUCCUGCGUGAUGAACCAUCAAAUGAGAAGUCAGAUGUUUACAGUUUUGGUGUAAUAUUGUGGGAACUUGCGACAUUGCAACAGCCCUGGGGUAAUUUGAAUCCAGCGCAGGUUGUAGCAGCUGUUGGUUUUAAAAACAAAAGGCUUGAGAUUCCACGUGAUUUGAAUCCUCAAGUGGCUUCUAUAAUUGAGGCAUGCUGGGCCAAUGAGCCCUGGAAACGACCUUCAUUCGCUAGUAUCAUGGAGUCUUUGAAGCCAUUGAUUAAAGCUCCCACACCUCAACCUAGUCAUGCAGACUUGCCAAUACUCACCUGAAUGGGUCAACGCUUACAAAGAGUGUCUUAUUCAUGCACAUAAUACAGCAUUCUUUUAGAUUUGAUGUCUGGCGGGAUUACUUGCUGUUUAUAGUCCGGGUAUGCCUAAACUUCCACUUCAGUUUUCUAACAUGAGUAGUACCCCAGUGUUGCACUAUUGAUGUGGGAAUAUUGUACAGCAAUGACUAGAGUCUGGGUAUGGUAUAUACCCUAGUUUGGAAGAAAAUCAAGGUGUGAAUCUAUCACAGCAAUAAGAUUUCAUCCUUCAAAACCUAGUACAUUUCACGCUUCCUGGUCUGCACGGAAGCCUACUGGGAGUCUUGCCUCUCUAUCUUUAUAUUUAUGUGCGUUAGUUAACUAGUAUAGUAUGUGAUAAUGUGACAUCAUGCUUCCUCUAAUCAUGUGCAUGGCAGCCUCUUCUGUGUUUUAAACAGAACAGCAUGGACUUCAUGCGUUCUUUAGUAAUCAG